GGCUGUAGCCGGUCAUCGUAGUUAUUGUUUAGUAUUGUUUACAAAUAAACAUUGUUUGUUAUAUCGGCUCCACGUGGACGUGUGUGAGCUGGAAGACUUAGAAUUUUUCAAAGACACCGGCUAACUCAGUAGAACGUAUGCUAAAUCUCCCAGGUGCAGCAGUUUAGUACAUCAGUCGAGACAUGGAUUGGUACAACUUUUUGACGUCAUCGUCAUAUACGAGGAGUUCAUGGAGAACAACUGACGGGGAAGGCAAGCAGAACAUGCGAUGGAACAAACGGAAAGAAGUAGCUCUGACGAAGUCAAUCCUGGUUUGGGAUCUGGAAGACUACGAGAGAGGAGAGUUCAUGGUGAGGAAGAACAAAGUCAGAAUCCUCGUGUUUGGACUGAGUGGUCACGGGAAGACAUCCCUGUUGUCCAGCUUCACGACCGCCCUUAAAAAGAGGGUCGUACAUACGGGGCUUUGUGGGGAGAGAGAUGAAGGGGUCGACAAGGUGGUUAUCAAGCCUGCUAUGAAAAUAGAUAAACAAGAAGUGUUUUUCACGUUUGUCGACAUGCCGUGUUUGGAGGAUGAGACAGACCACGCGCUGGCUCACGGAGAAAAGAGGGACGAAGACACGCCCCUAAUUACAGAAGACUACCUCAAAGCCGCUAUGCAGGGAAACAUUGAAGACGGUGCAGUGCAACUCAAGGAGCACAAGGCACCACGGAAGAGGUCUGAAAACUACUACAACGUCCAGUCAUACACCAACAAGAUCUGCUGCGCCGUCGUCGUCAUCAAAUCCGGGCAACAACUCACUGAUGACAUCCGCAAACAACUCAACUUGGUAUUCCGCGCAGCCGCAGAUUCAAAAAUCCAGGUUCACAUUGUGUUGACAAACAUCGACGUGUCACAUCCCGAUCUGAAGUUUCCCACCUAUCUGAAGAAUGUCUUCUGGUCAAAGAAGAUUCAAAAGGACGUGCAAGACAUGUCGAAACAAUUGUGGGGAAUCGCAGAGAACUGUAUCCAUCCAGUGUUGACCUACACCAGCGAGACAGAGUCCAACACGGAGAUGAACGUUCUGUUAUUAUACACUCUCAGAAACAUCCUCAAUGAUGCUACCCAGCACGCAGAGACUCUCAUACAAGAUAGUCUGAAUCGAUGAUAUUCGUCAAUCAUCGGAUGUAUUCGGUUCUUUCCAACAUUAUAUAUGUCGGACCAAGUCCAAUACAGACAUGAUGUUUUUGCUGUUACACACUCUCAAAAACAUCCUCAAUGACGCCACUCAACACGCAGAGGCUCUCAUUCAACAAAGUCUGAGAUGUUAAUAAUCGUCAGUCAUCGGUUAUUUUCGGUUCUCCUCGUCAGUGGACUAGUGAAACUGAUCCUCACACGAAGAUUAAUGUUUUGUUGUUACACACUCUAAGAAACAUACUUAACGAGGCUACCAAGCUUUCUGAGACUCUCAUACAAAACAAAGACCGAGUCGUUGAUAUUCGUCAACCAUCGACUAUGUUCGGUUCUGGUCGUCAUUUUACGAGUCGGACAGAGUCCAUCACGGAGAUGGUGGAUCUGCUGUUACACACUCUCAGGAACAUACCCACAGACACUACUCAACAUGCAGAGAUUGUCAUACAACAAUGUCUUUUGUUAUUCUUUAUCGUCGGCUAUUUUCGGCUCUGUUUCGUAAGUGCGCGAGUCGGGCCGAGUCGAACAUAGAACAUUUUCUGAAACAUACUCAGUAACGAACUGAAGGCUGUCUUAUAAAAUAACACCUGAAUCGUUGAUAUUCGUCAACAAUCGGCUAUUGUCAUCUCUUUACGUAAGUGCAGGAGUCGGACCGAGUCCAAUACAAAGAUGAACGUUCUAGUUAUACAAACUCAGAAACAUACUCAACGACGCCACCUAGCAUGCAAAUACAUUCAUACAUGGCACAAGUCUGAAUCGUCUAUGUUCGUCAGUCAUCGGCUCUGUUCGCCAAUGCUUGAGUUAGUGUCCAAUACAUAGGUGAACUCGCUGCUGUUAUACACUCAAAUAAACUUAACGAGGCUACCUAGCAUGCAAACACUCAAACAUCAAUGUCCGAGUCAUUCUUUGCCGUCGAUCAUCGAUUAUGUUGAUUGUAUUUAAGGUCGACGACAGUCAUUUUUCGCACCCUUGUUUUAACUUUGUACACAAAUAAAAAAUAUCCAACAAUAA